AGACGCGCGCAGCGGGGACGCUCCGUCGGCUCCCGGCGCGGGCUGAGCUCGGUGUUCGGGCAGGCGCCGCCAGUCUCCUCCGGCAGCCGCGGAGCAUGGAGGGGGCGUCCGGAGCCGGCGCGAAGGGCCCUGGGCGGCUGCCUCCGCGCUAAGCCUCGCUUGGGAUGGCAGCGGCGGCUUCUUGGCGGAGUUUGUGAGGCGCUUCCCCGCUCGAGGGGCGGCGACUCGGGUUGCUGGCCGGAGACCCAGACCCGGGCGCGCAAACUCCUCAGCCGCAGCCACCCCGCGACCUGCCCGCCCGUGUAGCUCCGUCCGAAGCCGGCGAGGAGGAGCAGGAUGGAGCCGCCGCCGCCCUGCUCGAAGAAGAGCCUGUCGCUGUCGCUGCCCGUGCCGCGGGAGGGCCAGGCCACCCUCAAGCCCCCGCAGCACCUUUGGCGGCAGCCCCGGACCCCCAUCAAGAUCAAGCACCGCGGCUACUCGGACACGGAGAGGCACCCGCACCGGCAGAUCGAGAGGGCGGACGCCAUGGACACCAGCGACCGGCCGGGGCUGAAGAAAUGCCGCAUGUCCUGGCCGUCGUCUUUCCACGGGACCACCAGCACCAGCGGCCACGCCGGCAAGCGUUUCGAGGUGGAGAAUGGCCCGUCACCUGGGCGCAGCCCGCUGGAUCCUCAGGCCAGCCCAGGUCUGGUGCUUCACCCCAGCUUUCCGCAGAGCCAGAGGCGUGAGUCCUUCCUCUACCGCUCGGACAGCGACUAUGACAUGUCUCCAAAGACCAUGUCACGCAACUCAUCCAUCGCCAGUGAAGCACAUACUGAAGACCUGAUAGUGACACCAUUUGCCCAGGUCCUGGCAAGUUUGAGGAGCGUACGUAAUAAUUUCUCCAUCCUGGCAAAUGUUCCUACGCCAACAUCCAACAAGAGGUCUCCCAUGGGCAGCCAGCCAACUGUUUGCAGAGCCACGCUCUCAGAAGAAACAUACCAGCAGAUGGCCAAAGAGACCUUGGAAGAGCUAGACUGGUGCCUUGACCAGCUGGAGACCAUUCAGACGUACCGCUCUGUUAGUGAGAUGGCAUCCAACAAGUUCAAAAGAAUGCUGAACCGUGAACUAACCCACUUCUCUGAAAUGAGCCGCUCUGGAAACCAGGUCUCUGAAUAUAUUUCCAACACCUUCUUAGACAAGCAGAACGAUGUGGAGAUUCCAUCCCCAACACAGAAAGAGCGGGAGAAGAAGAAGAAGCAGCAACCCAUGUGCCAGAUCAGCGGAGUCAAGAAACUCAUGCACAGUUCCAGCCUGACCAAUUCCAGUAUUCCCCGCUUUGGGGUCAAAACUGACCAGGAAGAGCCGCUCAGUAAGGAACUGGAACACCUAAACAAGUGGGGCCUUAACAUCUUCCGGGUCGCCGAGUACACCAACAAUCGGUCGCUCAGCUGCAUCAUGUAUACGAUAUUCCAGGAAAGAGACUUGCUGAAAACUUUCAAGAUCCCCGUGGACACAUUAGUCACCUACAUCAUGACGCUAGAAGACCACUAUCACGCCGACGUGGCUUAUCACAACAGCCUCCAUGCUGCUGACGUCACGCAGUCCACUCACGUUCUUCUGUCUACACCUGCCUUAGAUGCUGUCUUCACUGACCUUGAGAUCCUGGCUGCAAUAUUUGCUGCUGCCAUCCAUGAUGUGGACCACCCUGGUGUCUCCAACCAGUUCUUGAUCAAUACCAAUUCGGAGCUGGCGCUGAUGUACAACGACGAGUCAGUCCUGGAGAACCAUCACCUGGCGGUGGGUUUCAAGCUGCUGCAGGAAGAGAACUGCGAUAUUUUCCAGAACCUGAGCAAGAGGCAGCGACAGACUUUGCGGAAGAUGGUCAUCGACAUGGUCCUGGCUACCGACAUGUCCAAACAUAUGAGCCUCUUGGCCGACCUGAAGACGAUGGUGGAGACCAAGAAAGUGACCAGCUCAGGGGUGCUUCUGCUGGACAACUACACUGACAGAAUACAGGUCCUGCGGAACAUGGUUCACUGUGCGGAUUUGAGCAACCCUACGAAGCCGCUGGAGCUCUAUCGGCAAUGGACAGACCGGAUCAUGGAAGAGUUCUUCCGGCAGGGGGACAAAGAGCGGGAGCGGGGCAUGGAGAUCAGCCCCAUGUGCGACAAGCACACGGCCUCCGUGGAGAAAUCGCAGGUGGGCUUCAUUGACUACAUCGUGCACCCGCUGUGGGAGACGUGGGCGGACCUGGUGCACCCAGAUGCACAAGACAUUUUGGACACCCUCGAGGACAACAGGGACUGGUACCACAGCAUGAUCCCCCAGAGCCCCUCUCCCCCUCCGGACGACACGGAGAAGGACGAUGAAGCCUGCCUGGAGAAAUUCCAGUUUGAGCUGACUCUGGAGGAAGAGGGGGAGGACUCAGAGCAGUCUGAAAAGGACCACAGCAGCCCCGGCGACGAGGACAAUAGCUACUACACAGCCGCAGAGGAGCAGCAACACGAGUCCCAGGAAGGGCAAGACAGACUAACGGACAACACAGUGAACGACACGUCUCCCGGCACAUCAUGACUUUGGGGAAGGGACAACUGAAAAAGCAAAAAAACCACACACACGAAAGUUUUCAUGAGGGAGGGGCAGGGAUAAAAAAACAACAACGAAAAAACUCAUUUUUUAUUUUUAUUGUAUUUUUUAUAAAAAGAAAAUCAACAAGAAAAAAAGGGAAAUAUACACAGCAACUGUAGAACCAGGUUGGCCCAAGCAAGGGGCAGUAGCCCUGCUGCUUCAGUGAGCGGCCCAAGCACUCCAGAAAUAAUCUUACCUUUAAUUUUGCUUUCUUUUUCUUUCUUUCUUCUCCGUUGUUGCCGAGUGGGUUUUUAUUAUUUUCCUUUGCUGCUUUAAAAAAAAAAAAGACUGGUGCCAUCAGGAACAGAAGGAGGGCGAUGGUGAUGAAAAGCAUGUAUGAAGUGGUGGCAAAGGCCAAGCAGGAGGAAUAAUAAUAAUAAUAAUAAUAAUAAUAAUAAUAAUAAUAGUAUUUUAAGCCAUUCGUAGUAAAACAAAGCAGAGACGCUGCAGGGCUUCAAUGCCAAAAACCAGUAAUAAUUUUCACCCAUGCCCCUUCUGUUCAUCUGGCUCCCUUGCUUCAGACAUGCCCUCCUGGGUCGUUUGGUGCCUUUAUUCCUUUGCCCAUCACAGCAUAACCCUCCUAGCUGGAAAACAGGGUGUUCAAAACAUUGGGGAUUUUUUGGGGGGGGAGGGAGAGUUCUAAUAACUUUGAUUUUUGUAACUUAUUUUUUUAAGCUACUACUAAUUUAUUUUUGUGAGUUUAUUUUGAUUUGAUCGGACUGGUAAGAAGAAAGGACUUUGCCUCCUUUCUUUCUUUCUUUCUUUCUUUCUUUCUUUCUUUCUUUCUUUCCGAUGCACUUUUUAAAAAAAUUAAUAAUAAUAAUAAUGGUUUGCAGGUGGGGAGUUCCUUUUUUUUUUUUUUUUUUUUGCCUGUGACGCCAUAACAUUCUCCCAGAAGCAAAUGGGAGAAGACAUUGCUUUUAAAGAAAACAAAAGGGAACAAGAAAUCAAAUAAGCAAAACAUUUUAUCUGAGUUUCCAAAUAGCCAAGUCUUCCUCCGUUUACCAUUUUGCACAAAAAAAAGAAAAGAAAGAAAAGGCAAUAUGGCCAGGAUUGAAUGGUUGUAACUGGCCAACUUGCCCAGACAGCUCCAUAGGGGACCUCAGGGGUGAGUAUUCCUCUCCCAGUAAUGGGGAUGGGAUGGAGAGAGGGGGGUUGGUUUGCAUCCUUCCUAACCCAAUAAUAAGAGGAGAGACUUGUGUUUUUCAGUGAUGAUUAUUUAAGGACUAAUUUGCAGGUUACCACCAUCUUUAUGUCUGAAAACCUGUGAUUUGUUAGUUGAUGAAUCUCUAAACUGCAGUACCCCUCUUCCUGCUUACAGGUUUGUCAACUAGGAAAUGCAAGUGUACUGACCACAAACAAACAAACAAACAAUUUGCAUGUGCCUCUAGGCACAUAUUUUUCUCACAGGAGGCUUGAUACAAGCAGAGUCUGUAUGAAUGAAACCCAAAUCUUUAUUUCUGUGCAAUGCAGUGUAAUGUGGCUGGAUCACAUAGAUUGACUUGUGAAGUUUGUAUGCUGGGGUGGGGUGGGGGGGCUUUAUUAAGUUCAAAGGCUAGAGGCUCUAACACUCUUGGUUCCAGAGGUGAGGAUCCACCUCAGACCACCACCUUCCUAGGAAAACUAUGUGUUUACAUGUGCCCAGAAACCCCACACCAUUCUCGCACUGCUGUGACAUAAGCCAACAGCUUUUUUCAGACCCUGGGUCUGGUUCCAGAGCAGCUCCAUCUCUCAGAGCUCAAUCAGGUCGACAGAAAAUCCAGCCAAAAGAGGAGUCUCAGCAGUAUGCAGGUUUCUUACUUUAAGGUCACUUGCCUUGAAGUGAAAUACAGAGGCAGCUUUGCCACAUGCAUGAAACUGGCCAGAGGAAGGGGGUCUGAAAUGUGCUUUUCUUUCCCUCCACGGGGCUGAGCUUGCUAUACAGAUCUCCAUGCCAAAUGCUGCUCUCCUGACGAUCUCUUCCCCUGCUCUAUUAUUGGGCAUAGAACAAGGAGCCCGGGCCGCCUCCUGGCAGUUCUCCUAGAGAAACAGGACCUGCUGCCUCACCCUUUCACCAGAAAUCACCAUGAGAGAAAAGAAAAGAAUCUGCUCUGUGGAAUAUCAAAAGGAGAUCUUUUUGGCUGUUUUUAUUCUUUGCCUUAACCAGCCAGCGGAGUAUAAUUUGCUAGUAUCCUGCAUCAUUGUCCUGGUAUGAAGAGGGUGAACUUUUCUCCAUCCACAAAAUGCCUUGCCCUACCCCUGGAUGGACGUUCUCCUUAGCUCUGGGGACAUCAGAUAUUUGCAUGGACAAGCAGUGCUAGGGAAUCCAGUCCUAAGAACCGCGGGAAACAAACAUUGUGGGUCCUCUUUUCUUGUGCCUCUGCCCACUUGGGGAAGCUGUAGCCUAGUCCUUGGCUGGCUGGAUUCUGGGGGAUCACUCCCCCACCCCCACUGGCUAGAGGGCCCAACCCCUCUUUCUGGAGGCAGAGGGAGAGGAAAGUGGGAGAGCGGCAGCACAAGUGUGAAUUGUGAGCGGAUUGGCCUUUUGACAAUGUGAGACUUGAAUGAGUGGACAUGAGCCAGGACUGGGAUCCCCUUUAGCCUGUCUUACGUGGCCAUUCAGGGCUGGCAUGUGCCUACCCUAAUCUCUCCCCUCCAUGUAAAGUGGUGAAGCAAUAACAAGUGAGGUCCCAUUCCCAUCACCACGCUGAGCUUUCGAACCAAAGCCAUGUCUCCUCUUUUGCAAAGUCUCCAUCCCACCCACUUUGCAUUGACUUCUGUUUUGGCCAGUUCUCCUAGUACAUAGGUUCAGGCAGGCGGCAAGUAGCCUUCCAGAACUGUUCCAACCCAAGCACAGUAGUGGGCAGGGGGACAACUGGGGUGGAGAGAUGGGCUAGCUCUUGCAAGGCAGCCAGCCCCUAGAACACCUGCCAGCCGCUGCAGCCCCUGGUCUCUGCUCAAAAGCCAGUGUAGGGCAUCUCCUUCCCUACCCAAGGAGAACAUGGCCAUUUCUGAACACAGUACUGUAGCCAUUUUCUUUGUAUUUUUUCACUUUUCUUUCUUGAAGCCUCAACUGAAGAAAAAACAAAAAGGGAAAGAGAGAGGAAUUCUUUCUUUCUGAUUUGUGUAUAGCUUUUAUUUUUGUAUGCAGUUCUGUUCCAUGAGUUUGUUGGGUCGGGUUUGGACUGUACAUAGUUGUGAAUAAGCAGAUUGUAAAUUAUUCUAAAAAGAGUAAAAGAACCUUACAAACAAUACCCCUCACCCUUUCCUUUCCCUCCCGGCCCUGCCUCGGUUUCUCUCCACAAACUCCUGCCGUAGGACCUGUCCUGGGAGUGCAUUUGUGGAGAGCAAUGAGGUCUCUGAGAGACUCUCCAGCUGCAUUCUCUCCUCGAGAGCUCUGGGACGCAGGCCCUGCCCCUGCCCGUUUCUCCUGUCUGUGUAUUUAUGGUGUAAUAUAGACACAUUGGAAAUUGUAGAAUUGUCAUUUUUCCUUGCAGUGUCGUUAAUCAGCUGUUGCAAUGUUCUCUCUCGAAUGUUACCAAAACCGUUCAGCAGCCGAGCUCACAAUAAACCAGGAGAAAGGGA